AUGAUGGAAAUCUUAAACAGAAUGCAAAAUGAGGAUCUGGAACCAGAAGAAGAAAACCUAGACUCUGAUGAUGAUAAUGAAAUAGAUUUACCCACCAGACUACAGAAUAUUAAUCUAGAUGAUGCAGAUUCUUUAUGGAGUGCAUUAACUAAUGAUGAACGCAAUGAAUUUCAAUCAUUAUUAAAUGGAAGUACUGUAGGAGAUAUUGUGCCUCAUUGGGAGCCCUGGUGGACAUAUAGAAAAGAAAAGAAAUUAGUUGAAGAUCUGCAGCAACCAAAUAAUGAGGAAGAGAUCUUAAACAAGUGUCCUAUUAUUAAAGUAGUUCCUAAAUUCAGUUCAUUAACAAAUAUUAAACCGGCUCCAUCUAUUAGAGUUAAUAUAAUUAAUGUCCUUUCUGCAUAUUCAUUUGUUGUGCGGUAUUUCAAUGGUGAGGUUGAACCAGUGGAGGCUGUGACAUGUAUAUUAAAUAUAUGCGACAGUUUAAACAGCAAUAGCAACUUUGAUGAACCUGACUUAGCCGUGGAAGCAGUGUCACAGAAAUGUUUACAGAGUGAUCUUAUUGAAACAGAUGAAGAAAGUCUUGAAAUUAUGCGUCAUGACACAUUUUUGUUAUAUCAAGGACCAAAUGAAGAAAAUUCACUUUUUUACACAAAAUCAGCACUUUCUGAUUUGAUCGACAUUUUCUCUAAUGCAAAAUCCAAGUCUAAAAUCAAGACAGAAGCCAGAAGUAAAGGAGAUUUUUCAAGAAAGUUUCCAGAGCAUGAUAAUAGUCAUCUCCCUUCAUUAGAUUUAAGUAAAGUUAAAAAAUGUAUAAAGAAGUUAGAAUUUUAUUUAUCAUUUUUAAAUACAUGUGAUAAAUAA